UAUAUAUUUAUUGUAUCCUUGAUCAAAAUAAUAUUUGAAAUUGAUCAAUGGGGAUACAAGUGUUUUGUUUUGAUACUCUAUUUGAUUAAUGCAUAGAAGGUAGAUGAGCAUUAUGUUUUGUUGUCACUUUGACUGUUAAUUUUUUUGUUUUUUUUUUCUCCAAUUUAUUUAUAUUUACACAUUUUGUGUAAUAAAUUUUCAACAUUAAGUAUAAUGUCAUCCGCCAAGUAUAAAAACUAUGAUGUAUGCGCAGAUUGUAGUGCUCCAGACUCAAAUUGGGUGAUUGUAAAUCGAGGAUUAUAUAUUUGUGAUGAAUGUUGUAGCAUUCAUCGUAGUUUAGGUCGUCAUGUAUCACAAAUUAAAAGUUUAAGUGCUGAAUGGUGUCCAAUAACAUUGAAUAUGGUGAGAACUUUACAUCAAGCAAACAUUAAUACUCUUUGGGAACAUGCUUUAAAUGAUAACAAGAACCAUAAGAAAAAACCUACUCCAAAAGAUCCACUUCCUGUCAAAGAAGAUUUCAUACGUGCUAAACAUAGACAACAAUUGUUUAUAUUAAAAAGUAGUGAUACUAGAGAAGAUUUAAAUCAACAAUUGCAUUCUAGUGUUAGAACAUCAAAUCUAGAAACUAGUCUCAGAAUAUUAGCUCAAGGAGCUGAUUCUAAUUAUUACCAUCCUGAAAAAGGGAACUAUCCAUUACAUGUGGCAGCUAAAUCAGGACAGUUAUUACAAAUUGAAUUACUACUUACUUAUGGUGCUGAUCCACGAGUAAUUGAUAAUAAAGGAAAUACUCCAGCAACAUGUGCCAAGCUAUCUGGUCAUAAAGAUAUUGAAGAAAGACUGAAUGAUAAUUUGUAUGAAGUAUUAGAUGUUCUUUCUGUAUAUGUUUAUGGACGUAAAGCAGAACAUAAAAAUGGAGAACAUAUGGUUAAUUUCGAUUUAAAUGAUGAUAGUAUUUUAGACAGUGAUCAACAAGAUGCUAUUAAAAAAAUGCAACAACUUCCUAAUUAUUUGUUUGAAGACUUGAUAUUAGAUGUAUUCGAUGAAAUUGAUAGAAGAGAAACAGAAAAGAUUUGGCAGAAUAAAAAUUCUCAAGGUCAUAUGUCAAUACCAUUUUUACCAGUAAAUCCAGAUUUAUCGUCAAUGAAAAAUCAAGGACGACAAAAAUUAGCUAUUUAUGGACCAAAAGAAUUUAAGAAUUUUGUUACAAACAUUUUAAUUGAAAUUAAUAGAAGAACUCAACCAAUGAAUAAAAUAAUAACAAAAUUAAAAUAUGAUGAUGACGAACCAUUGUAUGAUCAUGUUGCUUCUGAUGAAGAUUAUGCAACACCUGAACAAAUUGCUGCUAUGAUGGCUAGACAUAGUAAACCAACUAAUAAUUUAAAUGAUAAAGAGGAUAGUUUUAAAGAAAAAAAAAUAUCUGAAGAAAUUAUGGAUUCAAACAAACCAAACAUUAACCAUACACUACCUAAUGUGCCACUGUUUAAUGGCAAUGCAUUUGAAUCAAAAUCAUUAGAUUAUGAAGCAAAAAUUUCAAAAUUGAUAUCUGAAAUUGAUAUACUAAAAAAAAAGGUGGAAGAAGUUUCUAAAGAAAAUGCUGAAUUAAAGUGUGAAAUGUUACGGCAGAAACAACCAUUAGUUAUAAGCAAUGAAAAUGAAAGUGGUGAUGUAAAACAACAUAUUAGACCUGUGUCAAUGUAUGAAACUCGGGAAGGAAUGAAAUGUGAUACAAUUCGUAAUAUACAAAUGGGUAAUUUACCAUUGUCUGAAGAUGUUAUUCGCCACACUGAUCUUGUAACUAAGUGUAUACAAGAACUUUGGACCAAUAUUAGGUCAUCUGAAGCUUGUAAAGCAUUUGUCCCAGGGGCUGAUAAGAUUAAAACUGCUGUUGUUGAACUUACUGCUAUAUUUCCUCAUAGUAUUAAUGAUGAUGUUGUGAAAUCUGCAUUGUGGUCAUUGAAUACAAAUACUACUCAACUGCAACUUGAAUGUGCAUGCUUGGAAGCUGGUGUUGAAAGAGUUAGAAAUUGUUCAUUUAAUAUGGCAAAAGCCACUAAACAGCUUUUGACCAGAUUUUAACUGUAAUAACUUUUAAGUAAACUAUAAAAUUGAACAUUAUAAUAUAUAUAUAUACAAUUUUUUGAAGUUCCUUUUUGUUCUUUGUCUAUAAUAAUAAACACUAAGUACAGGAUCAUAUUUUGUAAAUUAUACAUUGUACUUUAGUUGUAUUAAGUUCUGUUGAAUACUUGUUUUUAUUAUUUUUGUAUACCUCCAUAGCAUCUAUAAUUCUA